AUGAACUUUCGUGUAGCGAACUUCUAUAAGACAUCGGUUAGUUUUUUUUUACAUCUUUUGAUUCAAAGAAUUUUCAGUUUGUUCUCUUGAGAUUUGCAUUUCAAAAUUUUUUUUCUCAUCAUUUUGAUAGUUCCAGGGCUUCAAACCAGCCUAUUUGCGUCAUUUUUCCACGGAAAUCGGCGCUCAAACGCCAACUUUAUCCCUUUCUUAUACUUGCAAAUCGUGCGGAUCUCGUGAGGUUUAUCUAUUUCAAAGAAAAAAUGCUUGAAAAUAGUUUCUAGGGACCGAAACGAUUUUCAAAGUCUUCGUAUGAAAAAGGCGUUGUGAUAGUCACUUGCAGCGGGUGUAAUAAUCAUCACAUUAUCGCGGAUAAUUUGGGAUGGUUCCAGGAUUUUCAGGUUUUUCCUUCAGAAUGAAAAAAAUUUCUUUUGUCGAAAAUUCAGGGUAAAAACAUUGAAGAAAUAUUGCGUGCCAAGGGAGAAACUGUCCGUCGAGGGAUCCAAGUGGAAAACGAUUCUUCUUUAACCUUCGAGAAAUCUUGA